AUACCCUCAAAGUAAACUUCCGAAACUUUUAGAAGCGGCAGUACUGAGUUGAGUUAGCUAUGAUUUAAAUAGGCCUAUUUAUCUCUUUACAAACGUUUCACACAUUUAGUCUCAUUGAGUUUAUCCAAACUUGUCAGGUCAGUUAGUCGGUCCAUAAUUUAUUUGAAAAGUAAUUUUUGGCAACUUGCAGGAGCAUCAUCAUGUAUCCACAAUCUACAGUGGGGUGCAGCUUUGAGGAGUGCAGUGCUACAGCUGAAUGGCUCCUGUCCCGGACAGAGAUACGCCCCCUGGUGGGGAUAGUUUGUGGCUCAGGCUUGGGAGGCUUGGCAGAAAUGCUGAAAGACCAGAUGGCAUUUAAAUACAGCGACAUUCCUAACUUUCCCCAGAGCACAGUGCAUGGUCACGCUGGCAGGUUGGUGUUUGGCAUGCUGAAAGGGAAAGCAUGUGUUUGUAUGCAGGGAAGAUUCCAUCUCUAUGAGGGAUACCCCAUCCAUAAGGUCACAAUGCCCAUGCGGAUUUUCAAGCUGCUGGGUGUGGAGACUGUCAUCCUGACCAAUGCAGCUGGAGGCCUCAAUCAGGACUACAAGGUUGGGGACAUCAUGAUCAUCAAAGACCACAUCAACAUGCCUGGGUUUGCUGGGAACAACCCACUGGCAGGACCCAAUGAUGAGAGGUUCGGGGUUCGGUUCCCCUCCAUGUCUGAUGCGUACGACAGGGACCUUCUGCAGCUGGCACAAGGUGUGGGGGCGGAGCUUGGCUUUGGUGACUUCCUGAGAGAGGGAGUUUACUGCGUCCUGGGCGGGCCCUCGUUCGAAACCAUCGCUGAGUGUCGUAUGAUGAACAGACUGGGGGCUGACGCUGUGGGCAUGAGUACGGUGCACGAGGUGAUUGUAGCGCGUCACUGUGGGAUGCGUGUGUUCGCCCUGUCCCUGAUCACCAACCAGGCUGUGAUGGACUACGACAGCCAGGAGAAGGCCAACCACGAGGAGGUCCUGGAGACAGGCCAGCUGAGGGCAAAGCAGCUAGAGCGACUGGUGUCCAACAUGGUGACCCACAUAGAGCACAACAAUAACGACGCCUGAUAACUCUGACUGAAUCUGGUUACACCGUGUGUGUAUGGGGGGAAGGGGGCAUUCCGUAAUCACCCUAUUGUACGUCCCCUAGAUAUCUGGCCACGCUGUUCUUUUUCUGUACUUUAACAUUCUUCACGGUAGCUGUUUGUUGACAACAUGAAUCAGUGUGUUAUGGAAACAUGACAAUUCGGAGUAAAGUACUAUUAUUUAUGAGCCCUGCACUAAACGUUUAUAAAUAUAGAGCUGUAUUGAGGUGAAUUGACCCGGUGCACUGACAAUUUAAUGUGUUAACUAUAUUUAUUUUUGUUCAGUUCAGAAAUACUUGCACGUUGUACAUUUUCUAACAAGUGUGACUAAUAUGUAGAUUUUAAAAUUAGAUGAUAUAGGUGAAGUAAAUUACCAAAACGUAAGGGUGUUCCCAUAAUAUAGUGGGCUCUAAAGUGCGACCAAUUUGGUCGCAAAUAGAACAAAAUAUUUUGCUGUGCGAACUGCAGUUUUAAUUUUGGAGCACAGAGAGAAUGGUAAAGGGAUAGCUUCUCAGGAGAUCCGUGAUUCUAGUAAAGAGGUUCAGUAUGAAGAUGAUAAGAAACUGCUUCUCCAAUAGAAAUCCCAGAUCAUGCAUGUAGUUAUGCGAUGUCCUGGCAAAGUUAGCUAGCUAAACUCAUGUGCGGAAACACACAUCAUUGGGUCGAACUGUCUGUCGUGUUGCACUGAACUGUGCAUUUGCAUUCCGUCAAAUCAAAGGCACUCCUUCGAUAUAAAUGAAAACGUGUAAGUUUGUCACUUUCACAAGGUUAUGACAUGUUCAGCUACAUUGGCUCGAAUCUAGAUUGAAAAUCGAGAAAAUGAACGACUAAGGAAGAAUUUUCCACUCAUUGAUUUCCCAAACCCCAGUCUGGUCUGUCGAGUCGGCUUUAAUGUUGUGCCUCUCUUGAGUUUAGAAACUCUGUGAUCAUAGCAAUGAGUGAAUGACGGUUGUAACUAGAGUAACUUUUACGUAGCAGGUUAGGAGAGCAUUUGAGCUAACCCUAUCCAUUUUAUACCCUUAACCUAAGUAUCGUAAUCAACCACGUUAUUUAUCCUAACUUGCUGCAUAUUUUCCCUCCUAACUUGGUGCAUAAGUUCUACUAACCUGCUAUGAAAAAGCCACUUCCGGUAAUGGCCGUACUCCUUUCUAGUCAAAACCAUGAAUGUCAGAUAUUUUGCAUAUAGACAUCACAAACUUGACGCCCUUAAAGAGACACUGUACCAUUUUCAAUGUAAUGCAUCUCAAUAAGAAAAUAGUGCUUUUGCAUAAUGUAGAAACCUUAUAUUCCCCACAUGACCAGUAUUUGUAUCAACAUUUUAUCUUUUUAUAAUAAACCAAUGUAUUUACAGCAUAACAUAUUCGUUUCCAGGGCACAACAUGUGCUUCAGAAGUAAAUAGAAUGAAUAUAGGCUAUAUAUGCUCUAUAAAAAACCGUUGCACUCUGAUUUUUUUUUUUACAGUUGGGAGCACCAGUGCUACCCAUGACAUGUUUGAAUUUAGAGCACUGACUGUAACGUGCUGUAAAUUAGCAGUGUGUUGGUGUAUUAACAAUUAUGUUCUCUGUAUAUUUUUAAUACUUAUUUAUAGAAGCACUUUUUAUCGUGUAAUGUAUGCUUUUUAGUCAACGUCUUAAAAGGGAUUAAACUAGAUUAUUUUACCUUCCAAACAGUGGGUAGUUUUAGCUUUGCCUUUAUAAGAAUGCUCAUGAAUGUGUAUAUCGAUGGGGAUUGAAAGGUGAAUAUAGGGUAUUUUGUUGGUGCUACACUCAAGUCUUACUGUCACAAUAAACGGAGUCAACUUGA